AUGCACAGACGAGAAGCGACAAGUACCAAUAACGACAACGGUUCUUUAGCUACCAACGCAACAACAUCUACGCCGACAAUACCCGCUGAAGACAUGAACAGCAACGUGCCCCUCAAAUACUACGAGCCUGUGAAUAAAUCCACCACCUCUUUGCAUAUACAAGAUGGUAGCUUAUCUAUACAUUCAUCACCACCACACAACAUGCCCAUUAGAGAACGAUUAAAAUGUUUUUUUCGUGUGCAUUCAGACUACUUUUGGGGAUUGCUGUAUCGCAUUGCUUCUCUAAUAGUCAUUCUCGGUGUGUUGAUUGCUGUAGGCAUAGGGCUUCGAUAUACAGACGACUUACCAAAACCAGAGGAUUUCUCAAAACUCAAGUUUGAUUGGAAAAUCAACCCAAGAGAUUAUCUGACGCCCUAUAAUACAACGUUCCAGUACAACAUCUUGAUGAAUGGUCAUGCACAUUCGACAUACAGUGAUGGCAAAAUGAGCGUUCGACAAUUGUUAGAUUGGCAUUUAGCAAAUGGAUAUAAUGCGGUGAUGGUUACCGACCAUAAUACCAUUGAAGGUGGCCUCGCAGCUGAAAAGUUGGCGUUAGCAGAGUAUAAUAAUUCCAUUGUGGUUAUUCCAGGCAUGGAGUACACAUGUUGCAGAAUACACAUGAAUUUCAUUGAUAUCAACGAAACAGUUGCAGCAACAGCACCAGUGCCAUCAGAUGAAGAAUUGCAGCGAGUCAUCAAUAGGGUGCACGAAUUGGGUGGUCUAGUCAUUGUCAAUCAUAUUCCUUGGAGCAACACAACUCAGGGCGGAAGACAACAAGCUCGCUUACCAAAUCAUCCUAGUAUUGAGCAAUUGAUCAGCUGGGGAGUGGACGGAUUUGAAGUGGUGAAUCAAGAAACAUUUGACAUGGCAUCUUAUCAAGCUGCAACGCAAAGAAAUCUGAUCCAGAUGGUAGGGAUGGAUAUUCAUCACCCCUCUGUAGGUGCCCAAGUAUGGUUGACGGUCAAUGCAGCCAACAUGAGUCGUGCAGGCAUUAUGGAAGAGAUCCGGAAUAGACGUACAUCUUUCCUGUUUGAUCCUGCAGGUACUCGCCCUCGAGUUUACGUUGAUUCACCAGCUUCUUAUUUGACAUUGACUCCAUUGACAUAUUUGGGAGACUACUUUGGCAUGUUUUACAACGACGACAAGGGCAUGUACAGCUUUCAAGGCACAUUUUGUCAUCCAGAAUUGCUCACUGUGAAUGGGAGUGUCAUUGGCUGGUUCAUAUUUUGGGUCAUUAUCUUUGUAUUGGCAUUUGAACUUGUCAGAUUAUGUGUAAUUUGGGCUUUUCAAAGAAUUGCAUUAGCUAGCCAUCAUAGACAAAGAGGUAGACACAACUCUGAUGUGUAA